GACAGCACAUAGCCAAAUGCUUAUGUCCUCCGCACCUCCUAAAUAAUCGUACGGACCAUAGCAUCCCAGGAAUGUUAUUCCUUUAAUCUUGGCCGUCAAAUCAGAUUACUUUGCCUCUAAGUCGGUGAUUUUCCAUAGUCUGAUUAUCCUCCCCCAUAAAAAGAAUUCUGCUUUGUUCUUGAUCUCUGUCUCGUCUUCCCAGAUUCCAAAUUUCCCUUCACGUUAACCUAAACUAUAUCGAUUAGACGAUCGGGCUUGAAUCUCUAGAGGGUACGUUAAAGAAACCCAAUCAUCAUUCUAUUAAUGUCUAAUUUGUCUUUAGUUAGAUUUCUUUCUUGAAGUUUUCUCGUUCUCUUCUUAUAGGAUCAUUUGAUUUUUUGAAUUGAUUCUAACUGCCUUGCAUUCAUUAGUAUUUGAUCUUUCUUGUAUUUGUUUUGAUUUUCAGUUUAUGUUUAAUCUAGUUUGCUUCUUCAAUUAUUUGGGUUUCGUAGGUUUUGAAUUGUAGGGUUUCUUUGGGUUUUCGUUUGAUUCUCUUCAAAUUUUGUAUUUUGGGUUUAAAUUGAUUCUGGGUUUAAGUAAUUUUAGCAUUUUGAAUUAGGGAUUUGGUUUUCAGCUCCCUUCAAUUUUUUGCUUAGGUUAACUAUUCUUUUUUAUGGCAUUUGAAUGCCAAGGAAGCACUGAGGUGUCGAAAAAUUACAAUUUUGAGGAUAAUUCGAAUCCAAAAGCUAAAAAUUCUGGAAUUGCUAACCACAUAUUAGAUUGUGAUUACAAGACGGCAAUUUCAAUAGCUGAUUGUUCAAAACAGCUGCCUUGUAAUGAGGUUUUGCCCAAUUGUCCCCGGUCAAUCACCGACCUUCCUCCGGCCUUGAUUUGUGAAAUCCUUAAUUUUCUUGAGCCUAAGGAGCUCGGUAUAGUUUCCUGUGCAUCAACCAUUCUCAAUAGGCUUGCAUCUGAGAACCACGUUUGGAAGGAAGUCUACUGUGAGAGAUGGGGACUCCCAUCGGUGCCUGCACCACUGGGAGUGGGGCUUUCAGAUGAGAAAUCAUGGAAGGAAUUGUUUGUGGAGAGAGAGUUUAGGAGUAGGACUUUCUUGGGUCGUUACAGCAUCGAUAUUUUGUAUGGUCAUUCAGAAGCAGUUAGAACAGUUUUCCUUUUGGCUUCUGCUAAGCUCAUUUUUACUUCUGGGUAUGACUCUAUUGUUCGAAUGUGGGACAUGGAAAAUGGGUUAUCUAUUGCAUCUUCAAGGCCCCUUGGUUGCACUAUUCGAGCUGUUGCAGCAGAUACAAAGCUUUUGGUUGCUGGUGGAACUGAUGGUUUCAUCCAAGGCUGGAGGGCAGUGGAGGCGGUCCCAUACUUGUUCAACCUUAAGGGUUCUGAGGACCCAAAUACUGAAUUUAAACUUUGGGAGCAUGGGGGACCAAUAACAUCUCUUGCAUUGGACCUCAUGAGGAUUUACAGUGGCUCUUGGGACAUGACUGUUCGUGUAUGGGAUCGUUCUUCUCUGAAGUGCUUAAAGGUCUUGAGACAUAGUGACUGGGUAUGGAGCCUAGCUCCACAUGACACUACGGUAGCUAGCACAUCAGGUUCAGAUGUGUAUGUUUGGGACACUUGUAGUGGGACUCUGCUUACUGUCAUUAAUCAUGCUCAUGUUGGUAACACUUAUUCUCUGGCAAGAAGCCACACAGGGGACUUUCUUUUUACUGGAGGAGAAGAUGGGGCAAUACAUAUGUUUGAGAUCAUAGGUCACCGUCACAUGGCAAAUGUUUUUAAGGUUGCUACUUGGAUUCCUCACUCUGGUCCUGUGUAUUCCCUUGCGUUCGAAUUUCCAUGGUUGAUUUCAGCUUCUAGUGAUGGUAAGUUGUCAUUGAUAGAUGUUAGAAAACUACUAAGGACAAGCAGACGCUCUUUAGGAAAGAAUGUUUCAAGGGUAAAAAAUGUGGACUACAGUGUGGAGCCACCCCAAAGGAUGCUACAUGGAUUUGGGCCCAAUUUGUUUUCGGUGGACAUUGGUGCUGACCGUAUUGUAUGUGGAGGAGAGGAGGGUGUUGUUAGGAUCUGGAACUUUACACAAGCUUUGGAAAUUGAGCAGAGGGCUCGAGCUUUAAGAGGAAUACGAUUGGAGAAUCGGAUGAGGAGGCGCAAGCUCCAAAUAGAGAUGAACAAAGGUGCACGAACUGACCAGUGUUCUAUGGCAGCCAAGAACUCUAUGCAUGGAGAUAGGAGUAAUGUCUGGCACGGCAAACGUGGAAUAAGUAGCAAGGUGAAGGCUUAGCAACAAAUAGCAAUUACUAAAUUCUUCUAGGUGCAAUGACUCUCUACCAUGUGGAUAAUUAAGUAACAGAUUUAUACAAUUAUGGUUUAAGCAUGCCAAGUUGUUGAUUGUAGUUGGUUUUUUCUUUUCCAAUAGCAUUUGGCUUUUAAAGAUAAGUUUCAUUUUA